CGUUCGGGCGCGCGCUUCCGGUACGCGGAGCGGGAGCGGCGGCGGCGGCCGAGCGGCCGGAGCCGGGGCCAUGCGGCGGCCGCGGCCGGGCUAGCCGCGCCAUGUCCGGCUACGCGCGCCGCCCGGGCGUCCCCCCGUUGGCGCGGGCCCGCAGCCUCGUCGUCCCGGACGCUCCCGCCUUCUACGAGCGCCGGCCCUGCCUGCCCCAGCUGGACUGCGAGCGGCCCCGCGGCCGCGACCCCGACCCCGGCCCCGGCCCCCGACCCGCCUUCAUGUGCUACGUGCCCGGCCCCGCGCUGGCCUCGGCGGCGUCGGACGCAGAUUUUGACUAUGGGAAGGGAAAAGGUCUGAAGACGACACUGGGCCCCCUGGAGACACAUUUUGGAGCCACCCCGAGAGCUCCAGCCGUGCGUAUUUCAGACGAGAAACUGGAAGAUUUGGAAGAGGCGAAUCCCUUCUCCUUCAAGGAGUUUCUAAAGACCAAGAACCUGGGGCUGCUGGACGAGGAGCCCAGCAGGCCCUACACCAAGGGCGUCCCGGGGCACUCCUUGGGCCUCGGCCUGGAUUCCCCAACUUCCCAAACCAUGAGCUACGGCCUAGAGUACCAGCAGUCGUUUUUCGAAGACUUGACGGGGGCUGGCGACCUUCUGGAUGAGGACGAUGACGACGAUGAGGACAGCUGGGCCGGCGCCUACCUGCCGGUUUCCCUGGAGCAGGCCCGGCCCGCACGCGCAGCCGCCAACACGUCCCCCCGCAGCGAGUAUGUGUCCUUCUUCUCCCCAUCCGAGCUGAGCCCUGGGCCCGAGUGCCUGCCCUCCUGGACUCUGGGGGACCCUGACGCCUGCAUCUCACCCACGGGGAGCCCCGGCGACUUCACCCACAGAGAGUCCCUAGGAGACCGGCACCUCCGAGCGCUGCAGAUCAGCUACGAGGCACUGAAAGAGGAAAAUUCUAAGCUCAGAAGAAAACUGACUGAGGUUCAAAGCUUCUCUGAAACUCAAACGGAAAUGGUGAGGACGCUCGAGCGGAAGCUGGAGGCGAAGAUGGCCAAGGAGGAGAGCGACUACCACGACCUGGAGUCCGUGGUCCAGCAGGUGGAGCAGAACCUAGAGCUGAUGACGAAACGGGCCAUGAAGGCAGAAAACCAGGUGCUGAAACUGAAGCAGGAGAUGAGUCUGCUCCAGAUACAGGUCUCUAACCUCAAGCUUGACAACGAAGCCCUGCGCUCGGGCGAGGGUGCCAGCCUGACAGUGGUGAGGCAGAACACGGACACGGCUCUUCAGAAUCUCCGCCUGGUCAUGAGCAACGCACACACCUCCAUUAAGCAGCUUAUUUCUGGAGCUGAGAAGUUGAAUCUUGUUGCUGAAAUCCUGAAAUCCAUAGACAAGAUUUCUGAGAUCAAAGAGGAGGAGAACGAGGAGGAAGAAGAGUCUUGACUGCUUUUGGCUGGGAGCUGUUCCCAUCCAGACUUGCUCCUGAGCGACCCGGAUAGAACGCCGUGAUCCGCAGGCUUUCCUGUAGUGUUCUCGUAACUGCCCUUCCAUCACCGAGAGUAGUACUGUGGGCAGCCGAGUGUGGUCCUGAUAAGCCAUUUGUUGGGGUGAGCUUGUGAAUCCAUCAGGGCAGCCAGCGGCCUUGGAGUUCAGCUUGAAAAUGGCAGUUUAAGUGUCCUGACACCCUGCAGACUCCUGGGUAGAAAGAACCACGGACCAGAGUGGGCUGGGGCUGGGCGAGGUCCCCCCCCUUCUCACAGCCAGCCCACCUCAGUGCAGGCACAGGUGUGCCGCCAGGUGGCCUUCAGAUCCCAGCACUGCUGCUGACCCAACGCAAAUGGCGUUUUGUGCACCUGUUGAUUCAGCCGCUGCCCCCAUGGAGGUUCCUGCGCACGUGCCUUCUGGCUGUCUUUCUGCAGCUAAUUUAAGUACACUUCUUUUCCCCUCGUUUGCACUGACACCUUACCUAAUAAAUUCCGCCAUUUGUGCA